AAAGUUUCAAAUGAAAAAGUUUUUUCCUAUGCAUCGAAAAUACAAGCAUGAAAAUGGCUUUGAAAAAAGCAAACAUUUUACAACAUAUUGGCUAAAAGUUUAUUCGUCUGACACUCCUUAGAGCAUAAAACAUCAAUCCUCGUCUUGUUUACAGCACUAGGAGAGCCCUUCCAUCCAUUCAAAAGGAUUGCAUUCCUACCAACAAAAAAAGUUCUGUUGUUUAUUAAUAAGUGCCAGUGUGAUUCUGGCUACGCAGGACGCACAACCCAAAGAUUGGGGGAUAGGAUAAAACAACUUUCAAACUGUUUUCAAACUUUCAAAACAACAACUGUUAAACGACGCUUAACAUUUAAUUUGUUUUUAUUAAGAAGAAAACGCAAGUUUUUGAAGAUGUAUGUGUGUAGAUUUGACUGAGACCUGUUUACUGUACACAAUAUCAUACCCAUGGCCCAGGGAUGUGGUGCUAUUGGGGCUCAAUCUCCAUUAUCAAUGCUAGGAGUAGGAGGGACGCCCAUUACUACUUACACUAUACUCUUUUUUGCAACCUUUUGCACUUGUCCCAAAGAUUCACCUUAAGUUUCUUCGGUACCUUCAUUUUGCUCAGAGCAAGGUCUGCAUAAAUAUGACAGCAAAGCAAGAUACCUUUUUGUUGUUUUUCUGAUUAAACAUCAGCUUGAGCAAACAUCCACAGGCCAGAAAAACAUGCUAUUAUGGUAAAAAUUUAAGUUGACCUGAAAAUGGAAUACUCUCUAUAUAUAAUCUUCAAAUUCAGUUCAGCAGAGUUUUAGUGUUACACUUUGGAGGUCUAAAGAUAAGAUAUUCCUAGAUAUUCCAGCAAAGUAGCAAACAUUCCAAUAAAUUUUGUUCUCUGGGGGCUAGCCUCUACCACUGCACUCAUGUGUGAGAUUGUUGAUCGAUUGAUUGGUGGUCACUUUACGGUUUAGGCCGGAGGGUUGAGAGGGGAUUAGGAGAAGUAAAAGGUUCUGGGCCUGUGCUGCGAUGGGGCUGUAAGAAUCUUACACUUUGCUACUAUCAGAUUGUUUCAAGGACUUGUUUUGUUCAACAUAAAAUAUUAUUAUUUCCAUGCCUUCAAAUUGAGCACAGAGAAAAGUGAUGCCCGUGUUCUUGACUCGUGAUCAAGCAAUUGUGCCUAAAGAGAAUGUUUCCCUAGUUCUCCGAGAGAAUUCAGGAUGCGAUCGCAGAAAAUUCUCCGCUUUUAGAAUGCUGCGCGGUGCCUGGUCAGGUAGUUGAGAAAUUCAAAUUACCAGCACAAAGAAUUGGAAAAGAAAACGAAUAUGCUCUUGGCAAUUUUGUCUCAUAAUAACAAAACAGCAGAUUUUAUUAGCGAAUCAACCGUGCAACUAAGAAUUGUCAUGGUAACUUAGAACAAAUAUACAUAUGUAUGGAUAUUAAAAAAUCAAGUGCUGAAAUAAGAGAAAUAUCGAGAUUAAUGAGCCUCAAUUUAUCCUAAAAUUAAGAGCAUCUAGGCUAGGCUAGGCAAAAAUUAUUCGCUUCUUAUAAACAUAAUGACUCCUUUUUCUUUCAGCACAACAGGAAGCUCUGGCCAGCGUACAAAAAAAUUACUUUUUAAAUGCUUUAAGAUACAAUAUCUUUGUCUGGACUUUGAUUUAUCAUCAAUCAACAGGAAUCAUCAUUUCCGUCAAGUCGAUCUAAAAACGCGCUUGAACAAAAUUUUGCUGCUUCAGCAGAUCGAAUUGAUUACUAUGGCAACCAAAUAAACUAUCAUUGCUUUGGCAUUUAGUUGGAUUGGUUAAUUCAAUCCAAUUCAUUUUCAAACUUAAUGAAAAUGGCUGAAUAACAACAGCGAAUACAGAUUGUUAGAUGGCGCGUCUAGUACUCAAGGCUGCUAUAUUACAGCUCUUCACAAUUGUAAACAUUGUCCAGGGUAUUACAAGUGCAAGCAAAGAUGUGCACCAUUUACCAGACUUAACAUUGGAAGUAAAGAUUAACAAAACAAAAGGCAUACAGCCCAACAAUGUUCUUCUUGUUGAGUACAUUGUUGAUGGAAAUAGGGAUAUUCCUUCAGCAGAAAAUGCACAACUUUUAGUUGAAUUCCCUUAUCCAAACAUAGAAGUUACCUAUGCUGAAGAAGUUCAAAAGCUAUCCAAUCUUACAACCAGAUUAUCACAUGAUGUAAGACUUGUCAAUAUCAGCUUGCAAAAUGUCAGUACAGAAGGCAGUAGGAUUCAUAUUGCUGUGAAAACCUCAAGUAUACUUCUCCCUCAAAUCAGGUUGCCCUUAACCUAUAGUAUUCAAUAUGUUACAAAUGGAUCUUCUCAAAACUUUUCUUUUAUAAAGGAUCUCUACUCUUAUAAGAUGGAAUCAUUUGUAAACCAAGACAUACAGAUUUAUCCUGAAAAAGUUGAAGGUGGAUCUAAGAUCAAUGCUACAGUCACACUUCGAAUUACAAAUUCAACUGACAGCGCCUUCAAUUUGACACUCAAUGUCACACUUGAUAAUGGUACAAUUGAUUAUGGACUCUGUGUUGAUGGAAAGAACCAACAACUUCUAAAAAAUGCUGAUCUUUAUUCAUUUACUUCUUAUGUUGGAAUCUUCAAGGCAGAAGAAAACAUAUCAUGUAAUAUAUAUGCAACCAUUGGAGAAAGAAUUGUGCCUGGUGGGCAGAUAAAACUUCAAUCAGUGAUUUAUUAUUAUCACAAGGUCCAAGAACCCAACCUGUAUCCUAUAGACAGCAAAACUUCUAAACACUUAAUUGUAUCUGCCAUCCAGUCAGUUGUCAAUUCAUCUCUGAAUUUAUCUGCAUUGGAAGCAAAUAGCGUUUUUACUGUCGACAUCACAUUCAUUAUUCCAAGAGGUUUGUCCAACAUUAACAUCACCAUCACAUUGCCGACAUAUGAAAAGGCAAUAAGAUCAAAACGGAGUGUGAGAUCAAUAUCUAGCCUACAACCACUGCUGGAGUUUGUGCCUACCGAGAAUAUUACAUACACAAAUGGUGCAGCUAUCAUGUUCCUUGAUACCCCGGUAAUACAAAGAAUCAACAGUACUGUACUCAUUGCAAACUUUGGAGAGGUUAACAGCUCCAGUGCAAGCAAUGUUUUGUAUAGUGAGGCAUCCAUUCGUCUAAAAUUCUGGCUGAAAGUUGCAAAUGAUCCAUUGAAUAUAUUUGGCAAAAGAUCUGAAGUUUCUAUUGUAGUCGGGAGUGCCAGUUCAAAUAUACCAUUCCAGAUCACAGGGCCUUUGGUAAAUCCUUCUUUAAAGAUCCAAAAAACUGUGCAGGUCAAAGAUGCAAGCAGAGCUUCUCCUUUGCUGAAAUUCACCGUGGUAGUACAACAUAACAACGAUUCUCGUGUGAGCGCUUUGAAUAUUACAAUUACUGAUCUCGUGGAUACGAUAGCAGUCUACACACUGGAUAUCCAGCCACGAGGCAAGCUGAGCAUGUCUAACUUAGGAUCCAUCAUCACAAUCACAGGCUUUGUUUCAAACCUUCCUGUGUCGAAUAAUGUGACAAUGGUCUACACAGGAUCCUUCUUUACAAGAGUGCAGGCUGCAAGGUUCCAGCACAAAGCAAGCGUUACAUGGCGCAGUGUUCAGGUGAACAACUUUGUACUUAGUAGAAAGACAAGUAAAGAAACCUGUCUGCUUACAUCGAAAAAAGUGACAAAGAAGACUAAAAAGGCCUACGAGUUGGUAGCACUUGGUGUUGCUCUUGGUAUAAUAUUUGGCAUAUUGGCAGGGCUUCUCGUACUUUACUGCGUUAGAAGAACACGGGUUGGUAAAACUUAUGUUUUCUUAGAAUCCUUAAAUGAAAAUGAAAUUGAAGAAGAUAAAAUGGAUAAAAACAAGGAAAGCAGGAAAAGUUUUCGUCUGGAAACCCUGAUUGGCCGAAAAGACAAGCAGAGCAAAAAAUCCGAAAGCCAAAAAUUAGAUGGUGACAAAUGGGCACUGAUGAUAGUGGCAAAUUCUGAUGCUGAAACUGUCGAAAGAUCUCGAUCACGUACGUUAAUGGAGGAGCUUGUUCGUGGCUAUGACAACAGUUUCAAAUUCUUUGUCGAUACCUUAAGUCAAAUUGCAACAAUUUUCUCAAAUAAGCUCCGAAUGAGCGGUGACAUAUCAGCUGAAACUUUACGAAAGAUCCAGUCAGGAGCAAAUACGAUCAUGUCAAAUUACGUCACAAACAGCAAAGUGAUCGAUCAUAAUUUAAUGUUUGCAAGCGACGAUCUUACAGCACUCAUCAAGCAAUAUUUGAAAAACCAAUGCUCGUUGCUUCAAAUCGCCAAGAGAGAAUCGUCUAACCUUUUCGAUUCAGUGAUACCUCCAAAUUUAAAAAAGGACCAAGCUGAUGAAAUGAAAUCAAAUUUCGAAGAUUUGCAAAGAGCAAUAUUUGCAAAUGCAGAGAGCAUUCGAGCUCAAACAUUCUUGCACGUGAAAUCUUUUCAUACUACUCAAGCCGGCUACAAAUAUUUACUGGUCUGGUCUAAAAAUAUGUUUGAUCUCUGGUGCAAAUGGAUUUCAAAAAAGCUUUUACGAGAGCUGGAUAUUCUUCAAAGGAAGCGGCUGGUGUCAUCGGAAGAUACAAACGAGUUAACUCUUAGAAUAAAGGAAGUCUUUGAGCAAGGAGAAGAGGCUUUUAAGGACGAGCUACUCAAAAAAGCUGUUUUGUUGCAGAAAGAGACGACAUUUGAUAACUGGAACAUUUAUGAAGCCUUGGGAACUGAGCUAAGGACUGAAUUACAGCAAAUAUCUGUCGAUCAAUCGCAAGGCAAUUCAAAGCCUGUUAAAGAUGCUAUGGAAUUUAUCAAAAAGAGGUGUUCGGUUUACAUGGACAAGACAAAAAUGUAUGGAGAGAAAACAGAGGAACGAGAGAAAGAGACUAUGAACAAAGCCCUCGAAGUGAUACAAGAAGUUAGAUCAUAUCAGAUAAAGGAUAUCAUCGGGAAUAUUGAGCUGCUUAUCAUCAAAUAUUUUUCACGAACCCAUGCUGUGCCUAAGAAAGCAGAAGGCAAGGGAAACCCAGCUGAAAAUGGUAGUGUUAAAGAGCACCGAGGUUCUAAGGAGGAUGCGAUGAGGACCUUGCUUGAAAGUCUUGAGGAUAUACAGGCAGAUUGCAGUGAAACAGAAACAAUCACGGGCUCUUCAACUGAAGACUACUUUGAAGAAGUUCAGACGGCUAGAGCUGAUAUUCAGAAUUUAGUAGCAUUGUUGCUGCAACAGUCGGACAAAUUUGGCGAGGAGCCUUUGGUGUACUGCCGAUUUCAGCUGAAAUCACUGCUGUAUUUCUUGAGAGAGCUUUCCCUUCCUAAAAUCAAGUCAACUGUCGAUGCCUGGAGUAGCUACCUUCAACUGACUUUGACAGAAGUAUUUGUUCGAAAUGAACUGAAGCACUGUUCGCCUGUGAAACCUGAUCAAUCGACAACAAAUGGAGAAGACCAGGUUAUAUUUUGGUUCAAAUCUUUGGAUUCUAUCACAAGCAAUGAAUUUGAGAAAUCAAGGAAGCAGUUUCGUAUUUUUGUCGAUCAGCAAAAGGAGCAACUACAUGGUAUCUUCAAUGAGCAAAUAGAAUGCUUGAAUAAGAUAUCGAAGGACUAUAUUUUCAACGACCUGCAAGAAUACAGCAACUACGUUCGUAGAAUCAACUCCCUGAAAACGGAAUUUCUAAUAGUACACCAAUUUCUGGUCAAAGCACUUCAUGUCAUUGAUAGCAAACAACAUCUCUCUGAUCCGGAAGUCAGAAAUUGCUUCGUGAAAUUUGAAAAGGCUACAAAUGCACUUACUUCAGAAGAUCAAAGCGAAGAAAAGCUAGAUAACAACAAGACAAGGAAGGAAGUGCGUGAAUUAUUGAAAAGCUUUCAGAAGGACUGCGAGUCUUUUCAGUUGCAGCAAAACUUAGGCACUACUGGGAAAUUGGAUGAGCUCUUAUUUGACGAAGAAGGGAUUGUUGAUAAGAUUAUGUCGUUGAUCAGGAGUAAACAACAGCAGGACUUUCAAAUUGACAGACUUGAAAAAUUACAAGCAGAGAAUCUAAGUUUGCUUGCUAACUUGCGAAAGAUCGACAAGCUACCUGAUUCCACAUUAACGCUGCUGGUCAAUGUUCUUCACAGUCAUGUGACCAAAGAACGGCUGGAUGAAAUGAUGACGUCAAUUGAUGGACCAUCGGGACGUAAUUACUAUUCAGACCUCGUCAGAUCUCUUGUAAAUGAAGAUCAUUCUAAUGAGAAGCGCAAGGAGGACGAUGAGACAAACACUGAAGUUCCCAGAGAAAACAAAAAGAGGAAAAAGGGAAAGAAAAAGAAGAAGAAUGUAGUUGACCCAAAUAUUUAGAAGUAGAUUUUAUUGUUUAUUUUAUUGAGCAUUGGAAUUUUUUCAAUUAAUUUAAGCAUAUUUUUUUUUUCUAAAACAAUUUAUAAUUUGUUUUGCCAUUGUUUUUUUGUAGUUUUGCUAGCAUCUGAGGCAUACAAGUUAUUUGUUUAGUUUGAAAUACUGCGGAAACAAAUACAAGCCAAUUUAGAUUUCACAUUAUCAUGCUUUUCAAACAUUUUGAUGCAUUAACAGAUUUAUCAUAUCACUGAAGUGUAUUUAUUCAACACAUUUAGAAUUUUAAAUCAAUUUGUGUAAUGCUUAUUUGUAAUUUAUAAUGUUAUAUCAAUAUCUAAACUAAAUUUAUCAAGAUGUAAGAAUACAUCAUGCAAAUUAGCAGCUUUUGAACUGUAUUUAUUAUUUUCUGUUUGACUUCGACUUCACCAAAUUAUUUAGUUGUGUUCACACUUAUGAUAAACAAAAACCUAAGUUUAAAUUUAGCAAAACCAUGUUUACAGUUAUUUUCGAAAAAUAGAAAAAAUUAGUUUGUAACCUCUCAUUUUGCAUUUUUAGUGGAAAUAGGCAGGGUUUUCAUGUUUCAUUUUUAGACAAUUGUUUACAUUUACUUUGACCUAAAGCAAAAUUUAAGUGAACAAAUAAAAACUUCAACCCAGUAUGAAAAAUACAAUAUAAUGUUCCUGGAAAUGUUAAUUGAACUAACUAAACAUUUUGGACUUAAUUUUGCCAAAUAGAAAAGAAACAGUGUUUGCUUGUAUAUCUUUUUCCACAUCUGGCAAAUGUUUUAUUAUGGUAAAAAUAAAAUGAGCAGAUCAGGUGCAAAUAGUGAAUCUGUUUGCAGGUUUCCUUUUUAGGAAUAACACCAAUGAUUCUAAAAUACUCUGCAACCAUGAAAAGCC